CAGCUUUAACGAUUUCGUCGCCCGUCAUGAAAAUCUCGGAACGCAGUGCGCCGGUUAAUUGUGCCAUCACAGAUUUCGAAAGAGGGACAUAAUAUUCCAUACAAGCGGCCCAAUGAACGCCUAUUGUAACAACUAUAGCCGUUUCUAGAAUUUUAUACACCUGGAAGCUUAUUCUGUACACCUGAAAUCAUGAGCUCAUUGCAAUUCCGAACUAACGUCGUGAAGACGUCGAAAAUAAACGAUGAUAUUACGGACACGCAGGAUCUUCAUCAUGUUGAACGUGGAACAAUACCAUACUGCGCUGGGUAUAAGAAGAUCAAAUACUCCUAUAGGUAAUUAUACAUAUAUUAUCAUAUCUAUCUACGUCAGAUCGGAUGUCUGCAGGACUAGUCAAUCAUGCAUGGCGUGAAGCAUCUCUUGCAAUGAAGUUUGUGGAUCAAGAAGUAUUAGAGUUGGGUCGACCGUGUACAGAUAAUUUGAACCAAGUGAUGGAGAUAUUGCAAUCUUCUACACGACCAUUCUAUCACUUUGUUUUUAAAGAAGUGGAACUGAAAAGAAAUAUGCCGAUUUGGGACCAGUAUGGACCCACUAUGAAAAGUCUUGUAUUGUUUUUUUGUGAUUUAAGUGAAAAAGCACUCGUAGAAAUAUUUAAAUGCUGCACUUCUUUAAAAAUAUUACGUAUACAUGCUUGUCGAGAAUGUCUGAUGUCUGGCAGACUUUUAGAGGAUGAAAAUGAUGUGAAAGAACUUUCAGAAACGUUUAAAAAUCUUCAAGAGCUUAGUCUUGGAUAUAAUCGCGAAUUGAGUGAUGCUCUAUUUAACAGACUUGUUGCUACCUGUCCAAAUAUAGAAUCUUUAAGUCUCAUGGGAUGUCAAAUAUCUUUCCAUUGUGGAUUGUAUAAAAAAUUUUACCCUCAAAACAUGUUACCUGAUGCAUCGCAAUCAGUUCUAACAUUUUUAAAUGUGUUACAUUACAUCAGACAACAGGCAUACAAAUUGCAACGUUUAAGUUUGGGGUUCACAUUAAUCGAUGGGACUGCAUUGGCUACUUUGUCUGCUUUGGAAGGUUUAAAGCUUGAAUCCUUAAUGCUUCAAGGUUGUUAUCAAUUAACUGUUCAAGGAAUCAAAGGACUGACUCAGUAUCAGACUUACUUAAAAGUUCUUGACAUUAGUUUUUGUGUGCGUAUCACGGAUGCUAGUCUACUUCAUAUCUGCAAUAAUUUGACAAAAUUAGAAACACUCCGCAUAAAAAGAUGCCGCGCGGUAACCGACAGUGGGGUGAAUUAUAUCCGGUUACUGAAAAACUUAAAAGAACUUGAUAUAUCAGAAAAUGAAUUGCUUACUGGAAACUGCAUUACAUAUGGAAUUUGUUAUAAUUCAAAUGAUGAGGAUAUUCUAGAAAGGGUACCUGAUGCAGAGGCAAAUAAUAGCUCUGAAAAUGUUAAAUUUGAUGCAGUGGAAAAGACUGUACAAAAAAAAACAUUACAAAUGUUUUCAGCAAAUGCAUUAAAUCUUCACGAAGAAUCUAUUGAAUGUAUAUCUAAAUGUUUCCCAAAUUUAAAAUUACUUGAACUUAAUUAUUGCUUUAGUGGUGUCACAAAUAAAACAAUUCAGAUGAUAUUCAAGGAGCUUGUACAUUUGCAAACAUUAAAAAUAAGCCACUGUAAUAAAGUCAGCGAUGCCGGCUUAAUGGGUAUGGAUGCUGGUAACAAUGAAUAUGCUGAAUCGGUUCAGGUUGUACAUGAGCCAGAAUUUACAGAAUCCAGAUUAAGAAUCAGUUUACGAUCAAGAGCCGAGGAAGAAAUUGUACGCGAUGCUAAUCGCAAGCGAGAAGUAAUGAAGCACUGUGAAAAUGUUGUUAGGCCUGUAGAUUCAAACGUAUUUUCUGGUUUUUCUUUGAGUAGACUUAAAUGCCUCAGAGAGCUUGAUCUUUCUGGAUGCAAUAGAAUUACAGAUCUUAGUUUAAAACAUGCAUUUGCCUUUCCAGAAUUGAAAAUCUUGAAUUUAAGUCAGUGCCAACAAAUAACACAUGUGGGAUUAUAUUUCUUAUCUAAAAACAAUCCAGUAAUUGAAGAUUUAAACUUAAAUCAGUGUCACAAUAUAUCAGAUAUUGGAAUAUCGUAUCUUGCACAAAGGCUACACAGAUUAAAACGGCUCAUUAUACAGGAAUGUUCCCAACUGACAGAUCAUACUCUUGAUGCAAUUAAAUUGUAUUGUAAAAGUCUUCAUUAUCUUGAUACACGUUAUUGUCGAGGAAUGUCAGUGGCAGGGCUCGAAAGUUUAACACAUUUGUAUGUUGACUGGUUCAGACAUAUAGAUCAUAUCGUCUCUUCAGAACAUGAACUACCUCCACCACCUGCCCCGCCUUUACCUUCUUCUUUACGAUAGAGACAACUUCAAUACUACCUUUCGCAUUUUAAGGACAGGGUAAUGGAGAGCUAAAGUAUUAUUUUAGAAGUCAUUUGUACAUACAUUACGUUUAUAAGAUUUAAUUUAAUAGGAGAAAAGACACGAUAGUGAUUUCUUUGUAUCUCCUUUCCUAAAACGAUUAUAGGAUUUCGUGAAAAUGUGCGUGUAACGAUAAAUGAAUUUAUCAUAUUUGUAAGGUUACGAAAAAAUCGAGCACAGAGCAAAUAACUUUGAUAAAAUUUUUAAUGUAACGAUAUUGAAUAUCGUUCACAAAUUAUACAAAGCUUAAAGCAACUAUGUAGAAAUGCUUAUAACUAUGUGUACUAUACAGUAGAAGUCUAAAGAACUCUCAUUUUGUAUUAUAUUAGAUAUCUGACAACAGUUGUGAUCUUUUGCUAAUGCAAUUGUUAGAAAAAAUCGAAGAUAAUUAAACAAGUAUGUUUGUAAAACAUACAGCAACAAUGUGAUUUAUAGCAAGUGCAAUAAAUGAGCCAAUAUAUAAUUGAAAAAAUAAACAAUUUUUAAUUAGUUUUUAGACUAUUAUUAAAUACUUUACAAAUUUUAUUCUGCUCUACGUUACAAUGCAAUGAUUCAUAUUGUAAAAUUCUGUAUAUAUUUAAAGAUUAUCUCUGCAUUUGACAUUUACAAUAUAGUUAAUAGCAAAAAUGAAAAUUAAAAAUUUAUGAAAAUAUGCAAAUUAAGUUAAAAAAUUAACAAAUUAUUUUUUAUAGAAAACAGUUAAAAUUAAAAAUAAUGAAAAAACUAUUCAAACUUUUGUACAUGGAUUAAUUCCACGCAUAAAGUACAAAAUUAUGUUAGUUGUACCAUUAAAAUUCGUAUCAGAGUAUUUUUGUCAAAAUACUGCCAUUAUUAGAGAAACAGAGUAAAAUAAAUAUAACUUAACAAUUAUUUCACUGAUAAUGUCAGAUGUGCUGCACGAAAACUUAUAAAAUAUAUUAUAGCUAAAUAAUAAUAUCAUUUAAAACUAAAUAUUUCUUUUGAUAAAUUACUAAAUAUAUUGAAACAGAUUACAUAUUUCAUUAAUUUCCUUUCAAAAAUAUAACAUUCUCGAAUUACGUAUCGUUAUCAAAUAUUUAUUUGUGAUGUACAUACUUGUGUAAGGAUAAACAACUUAAAGUAGGAUAUAUAAUAAGAUUAUAUAAACAAUGAUCUAAAUUUUAUUCAAAAACAAACAAAUUUAACAGUACUUUUAAUGAUAGUUAAAAAUCUAUUUGUAUCGAAUAAUGUAGUGUCCACAAAGCCCGUACUUUUUAAAGAUAUCAUCACGUAUUUUGACAGAAUAAAGUCAAUUUCUCUUUGUAACGUGGUAAAAUAAGAAUAUGGGUUUCAGAUUUUUAAGAUAGAUGUAAAUUAAUAAAGGUAGCGAACCUCCUUUCAGUAUUCUUCUUCAAUGAUAUUUUACGUUUUAUCUUCUAAUUUUUUUAUAAGUGCUAUUUUAUAAUUAGUAGCAAAACACGCAAUUUACAAUCAGUGAUCGUGAAUUCUUGUUCAUUCAUUAUUCGCUCGAACUUAAUUCGAAUCAUUUUUGUACAAAAUUCUUAAUGUAUCACAAAAUCUGAUAUCUACAAGCAGUGUAGUAUCAACUAUACUUUUUUUUUGUACAAGAUACAUUAUUUUGAUUUUGUUGCAAUCUAACUUGUGAUGUGGUCUUCUAUGAGCAAGUAAAAAACUAGAUAUGCCAAUAUGAAACUACUACUUUGAAAUAUUUAAUUAAUUUAAAAAUGAAGUUAUGCGAGGAAGUCAUUUUAUCAAUUAUUAUUUUUCAAUAUUCUCAGAAAAGAUAGUCCAUAGAAGGCCCAAUAACAGUUUGUUAUAAUAAACAUUGAGGACAAAAAAGUUUUCUAAAAUCUUUACAUUCUAUGCUUUAAAUUAAUGAUAGACACUUAGUAGUUAGGCAAUAAAAUUAAUGUUAAUACAGAGAUAAGUAAUAUAAAUAUAAGUUGGUUAAAUCUAUGAAACUAUUAAGUGUGUUGAAAUUAAUUUCAAAAU